AUAAUCCUUUUGAGACUAGUUUUGGCGGUCCAUGAGCUUCCUGGCUCGUUUGGACCAAUCUACGAGCAUGAACUUGUAACAUCAAUCAAUCAUGCCCAUAAAACAUGCUUAUGCCUUCAUAAGACAUAGCAGCUGUGCAUCCCAGCACUUAAAGAUGGGUUGCGGAGCCUCAACGGAGAGCGGCCGCCAGGACGCGCCGGCCAGCCGGCCGCAGCCCAAGGAGGUCGGCGCCAGUGCACCCGCCGCCGCCCCCCCGGCCGCCCCCACACAGGCCGCCGCCGCCGUGCCUGACGCGGCCGCGCAGGCCGCCGCUGAGGCCGCUGCGAAGGCGGAGGAGGAGAAGAAGCGGAAGCAGGCUGAGGAGGAGGCCGCCGCUAACAAGAAAGCCGAGGAGGAGGCGGAGGCAGCUAAGAAGAAGGCGGAGGAGGAGGCGGCAGCCGCUGCGGCCGCAGCGGCCAAGGAGUCGGAGGAGGAGGCCGCUGCAGCUAAGAUGCGCGGGGAGGAGGAGGACGCGGAGGCGGCUAAGCGCCGGGAGGAGGAGGAGGCGGCUGCGGCGGAGCAGCGCAAGAAGGAGGAGGAGGAGGCAGCGGAGCGGAAGCGGCAGGAGGAGGAGGCGGCGGAGGCGCGGCGCGCGGAGGAGGCGGCGGCCGCGGAGGAGGCCCGCGUUGCCGCGGAGCGCAAGAAGGCAGAGGAGGAGGCGUAUGCGGCUGAGCUGAAGCGUCAGCAGGAGGAGGAGGAGGCGCGCAAGAGGGCGGAGGAGGAGGAGCUGGCAGCGGAGCUGCGGCGGCAGGAGGAGGAGGCGGCGGAGGCGCGGCGGCGGGAGGAGGCGGCGGCGGCGGCUGAGCGCAAGCGGCUGGCGGCGGAGGCGGCGGCCAAGAAGCGGGUGGAGGACGAAGCAGUGGAGAAGGCGUGGAAGGCCGAGGACAUGGCUAUCCGGCUGGUGCGUGAGGCGCGCGCCCUGGACGCUCUGGCGCCCGCGGUGCGGCAGGCGCACGCGGGGCUGCCGGCCGGCUUGGCUGCGGCGCCGCUGCGGCUGCUCAAGCUGGAGGCUGUGAUGAACUGGCCCUACCUCAAGGUAUACGAGGAGGUGGACGGCGACUCGGACUACCCCGAGUGCCUGGACCUGCCCUACAGCAAGGCCACCUGCGAGGUGUGGGGCCGCACGCUGGCGGUGUCGUGGCGAUGGGCGGCACCCAAGCCCGCCGAGCAGCAGACCGCAUUCAGCCCCAUGGCGGCGCCGCAGUUCGCGGAGCUGCUGGCGCUGCUGGGCAAGGCCAAGUCGCAGGGCAUGGAGUUCGUGUGGAUAGACUGGAGCUGUGUGCCGCAGUACGACAACACCACCAUCAGCGAGGUCCUGCGCUCCAAGCUCUACUUUGCGCGCGCCAAGGCCAUGGUGGCAAUCCCCACCUUCACGCCCAUCGACGGCGCAGCCGGCGGGGCGCGCGCCAGCGCCAGCGGCGCCGCCGGCGCAGCCGGCGCAGCCGCCCCCGGCGGCGCCGCCCUCCCGCGCGAGCUACUGGCCUCCGCCAAGGCGGUGCUGGCCGCCCGCGCGGCUAAGGGCUCGGUGCGCGGCGGCAUUGCGGCGCCGGUGCUGGGCGCCAUCCUGGGCGGCGGCCGAGUGGCGGGUCGCGGCUACCUGGGCCGUGUGUGGACCCUGACGGAGCGCAUGGCCCGUCACGGCCGGGGCGAGCAGCUGUGCAACUGGGUGUCGCUGGAGACAUGGCUGGGCAUGGUGGUGGACUCGGUGCUUCAUGCCGCCGAGGACGCCGCCGCCUCUCAGCUGUACCGGGGGCUGCUGGGCGAGGCGGGCUGCGAGGCGCUGACGGCGGGAGUGCUGGAGCCGCUGGCGGCGGCCCUCAGGGGCGAGGCCAACAGGCCGCCCGCGGGCGCUGAGGAGCGGCUGGCGGACGCGUUUGAGGAGGCUGUGGGUGCCUGGCACUCCACGCCCGUGCCGCAGCUGCUGGCGCCAACGCCCUCCCCGGAGUGGCUGCUGGCCUACCUGGAGGAGCCGGCGGCGGCGGUGCACGGCGCCUGGAGCCCGCCCGACCGCGUGUGGGCCGUGUACAGCUGGUUCGGCUGGAAGGACUCGCUGGACUAUGAGAGCGAGGACGACCUCAUGGCGGCCCUGCAGGCACUGGCGGCGGCCGCGGGCGGCGGGCGGCGUCACGUGAUGCGCACCGCCGCCAAGCUGGGCGCGGGGCUGGCCAAGAUGGUGGGCGGCGGCGAGCUGGAUGCGCGACUGCUGGCGGCGGCGGAGGCGGGGCUGCCGGCGGGGGUGGCGGACGCACUCAAGGCGGGAGCGUACCCGGACGUGACCGGCAAGGACGGCGCCACGCCGCUGUACACGUGCGCCAAGGCCGGCAGCGCGGACGCCGUGGCCGCGCUGCUGGCGGCGGGCGCCGACCCGGACGCGGCGGCGGCGGGCGGCGCCACGCCGCUGUACGAGGCGGCCAGCCGGGGGCACACCGCGGUGGUGCAGGCGCUGCUGAGGGCGGGGGCGGACCGGGAGCCCGUCAAGCAGGGCGGCAUCACACCGCUGCACGCGGCGUGUGAGAAGGGCCACAAGGCGGCCGCGGCGGCGCUGCUGGCGGCGGCAGCCAACGUCAACGCCGAGACUGAGGCCGGCGCCACUCCGCUGUACGCGGCUGUGUCGGGCAGGCAGACGGAGCUGGUGCGCUGGCUGCUCAGCAGCGAGGCGGCGCUGGCGGCGGGGGCCAGCGUGGACCGGGAGAAGGGGGCCAAGGGCUGGACGCCGCUGCACCUGGCCAUCACGCAGGGCCUGAUGGACAUCGCGCAGCUGCUGCUGGCGGCCGGCGCAAACAAGGAGGCCCGUAUGCCCGGCUCCGGCUCCACCCCCUUGGGCAUGGCGGCGCGGGCCGGCCAGGCGGCGGCGGCUCGGGCGCUGCUGGCGGCGGGCGCGGACAAGGAGGCUGCUGACGCGGACAGGCUGACGCCGCUGGCGCUGGCGGCGCGGGCGGGUCACGUGGAGGUGGUGGCGGCGCUGCUGGAGGCGGGGGCGAACAAGGAGGCCAAGGGCAAGGACGAGGCCACGCCGCUGUUCCUGGCUGCGGCGGGCGACCACGCGGCGGUGGUGAAGCAGCUGGUCGCGGCGGGUGCCAACAAGGACGCCAAAAACAAGGACUACCAGACCCCGGUGUGGGCCGCCGCGUCCGCGGGCUACGGCGAUGUGAUUGCGGUGCUGGUGGAGGCGGGGGCGGACAUCCACGCCUGCGACACGCACGGCUGGACCCCGCUGCACGUGGCCGCCAGCGAGGGGCGCAAGGGCAUCGCGCAGACGCUGAUCGCGGCCGGAGCCAAGAAGAACGCACCCGACCACGAGUCCAAGGUGCCGCGCGACCUGGCGCAGGCCGCCGACCUCAAGGCACUGCUCAUGUGAGGCGGCCCCCCAUACGUGUGUGUGUGUGGGAGGGGGGGGAGGGGGCGCGCGUGGGAGUAAGGCGCGAGCGAGUUGGGGUGUACGAGGUGUGUGGGUAGACGGCCGGCGCAGCCUGUAUGGGAGCGGCGGCUUUGCAUCACCGAACAGGUGAUCUGGCGGGCUGAUGUCGGGGGUACAUAUGAAUGGGUGGGUGGUCAGCGGGUGGUGCGUAUGGGACAGCACGCCACAGUCUUCGCCGCAGGGAAGCUACCGUACGAUGUAUGUUUGGAGGAAAGGGCAUGGGGUAAAGCAGUCUUGCGUGUGCGUGGUCUGCUGAGGUGGUGAGGGUGCGGUAGAAUAUCCAUGAGUGGUCGAUGACUCGAUGUGACGCGAAUGCCAGGCGUGCGAUGACCCUGAUGGUAGCGACGGCCCUGCGACAUGGGCCCAUAGGAACACAGCAGGAUUCGUACAUACGGCACCGUACAGGUAUUACACGGAGUGUCUCAAGGUGUGCCUGCGUGCUGGUCCCCGGCCAGAGCGUGGCGUGGCGUGGCUGCAACCUUUAGAUGAUUUGUCAGACAAUAAGCGCAAUCACUGCAUCCCGGCAUGGUGUAUUUAAAUAAGUAUCACCCCGCGUGUAACAGUUUUGACCA